UGAUGGUGUUAGUGGUGAUAACAACGAUUGUCGUCGUUGGUGGAGGGUAGUGACUUUGGUAGUGAUGAUAAUUGUGGUGGAUUGGUCGUCAUGGUAAUUAGGGUGGAGGUAGUGAUUGCUAAAAUGAUUGAGAGUGGUGAUAUUGGAUGUAAUAGGGGAGUUGGAGAAAUGAUUUUGGUGAGUGGUGGUGGUUGGUGACAGUGGCGGUGUUGGUGGGUGAGGUGAUAUUAUGGUGUGUAGUGGUGAUAACUGUGGAAGUAAUGGAAGUGGAGGUGGGUGUAGUGGGUGGUAGUGAUGGUGGUGAUGGUGGUGAUGGUGGUGAUGGUGGUGAUGGUAGUGGUGGUGAUGGUGGCUUUGGUGGAGAUGAGUGGUGGUGGUCGGGUGGACAAGCAGCUCAGUCUCGUGGAGAGCGGAGUGGUGAGAGGACAGUCGUUGUUGCUCUCCCAGGCACUCUGGCACUGGCACACACACACAAGUAUAAGACUUGUAGACGAGUGAUGGCGAUGUAGAGUCACUCAACAACAACUACAAGACAAACGCUCUGAAUCAAAGAAAACUUAUUUUCUGUAUGAUAAAGAGAAAAGAUGUGAGCUUUGACAGUGAUUAGUAGUGGUUCACGAGUCAUUAGGAGUGUUCACAGACGAUGUUCAACUACAGAAGCGAGAGUGGCACCGCCUGUCAGUACGGCACUCCUGAACUUCUUCUCUCGCUAACAGACUGCAACUGACUCGAGUAUUAAACCAUGGCAGCUAUGUAAAAUUGAGAUGAUGGUUGUGAAAUAUGAAUCUGUUAAAUUUAUGAUGGUUGUGGUGUGACCGGUAUCAAGUCUGUGUUCGUGAACCCAGCUUUCUCACACCCCAGACUGUCCCAUCACCACCAUCAUGGACAACGAGACAUUCUCAGAUUAUGGCGUCAGCACGUUUGAGAGCUACUUCCUACUGGUGAACGGAAGCUGUGGGAGUGACAACGUCACUGACUUCCUCAACGUGAGCAACUUGUACCCUCUGGAUCUGGCUAUACCUCUCUAUGGGUACGCAAUGCCAGUAUUGCUCCUUGUAACGACUGUUGCCAACACUAUCAUCGUUGCCGUCUUGUGGCAACACCACAUGCGUUCCCCAACUAACGCUGUGCUCAUGGCUAUGGCGCUCUCAGACAUGCUCACUGUGCUCUUCCCGGAACCCGUCUUCUUCUACAUGUACACACUAAGCAAUCAUGCUAAGCCCCUCUAUCCCCAAGCCGCUUGCUAUGCCUGGGGCUUUCUACACGAAGACAUCCCCAACUUGUUUCACACAGCAUCCAUCUGGUUGACGGUGGCCCUGGCUGUACAGCGGUACAUUUAUGUGUGUCACCCUCCUCUGGCCCGCACCUGGUGUACACUUCCCCGCGUCAUCAAUGCUAUCAUCUGGAUCUUCAUCUUCGCCACCAUUCACCAGGCGCCCAGAUUCUUCGACACCGUGUAUGACUCCGUGGAAGUUAAAUGGCAAGGCGAGUGUGUAUUUGUAUGUAGCGAGAGGUUCAGCGACUGGGUGACCCAAAUUACUCCCAACAUUUACUUUCCAAUAUACUUCUGGUUCCGGGUGGUGUUCGUGCAUCUGGGUCCCUGCACGUUGCUGGUAGUGCUCAACCUUCUCCUCUUCAGGGCCAUGAAAGAAGCACAGAAGCGCAGGAAGAAACUUUUAAAUGACAAGAACUCGAAGAGGGAAUGCAAGAAACUGAGGGAUUCCAACUGCACCACACUGAUGCUGAUCGCUGUUGUGUCCGUCUUCCUGGUGACUGAGAUUCCUCUUGCAAUAAUAACUCUCCUUCACAUCAUAACCAACAUGGGAGUCGAACUUAUCUCCAACGAUUCCUAUUACAUGCUUAUGUAUUUCUUCAUUAUCUCUAAUUCCUUCAUCAUAUUCUCCUACCCCAUAAACUUUGCCAUCUAUUGUGGCAUGUCGCGACAGUUUAGAGAGACAUUCCGCGAUCUCUUCAUUCGUGGACACGGAACACCGCGGAGAAAAGAUUCGACCCGCUACUCAACGAACAACAGUCGCCCACGCACCAUCCGCUCCUGCACCUCUGAAACGGGUAUAUAUGGACGGGUGGCACUUGGAGAAGGUACCGACUCUCGCCGCCCUUCUGUUGUUUGUCAUCUUCCAGCCAAGUUAUCGAAUCAAAAUUCUCUUCACAUCGGCAUUAGUAACUGUGUCGCCAGCGUCUUCGAUCCACCAGGCGAGACAUCAGUGUUCUCACAGGAUAACCAGACUAUCAUAUCCAAGUCAUCAGACCUGUUGUGUAGCUCCCAGAUUUUCGAUUAUAGUCAUCGUGAAACAUUAGAGGCAGGAAUCACGAAAGACAAGACACUUUUACAAAUCACUAAACCCAAAAAGGAGGAAAAAGACAAGUCAGUGACCAAUAUGCAUAAAGAUGGGCGACGCAGCCCCACCUCAAACCUCAGAGUUCAUUUCGAGAGUCCAGGUAUUGGCAGCAGCUGUAGCCUGGGCAUUAACAUCAACGACACAGCUCCAGUGUUUGAAACACUCCUCUAAAAAUCAACUAUCGCUUGCUUUGGUGGCCAAGGUCACCCUGAUGAUAGAACAGUUGCAAUGGUGAGGAAAUUAUAUUUUU